UACAAAAGGAGAAACCCCAAAGGACCCACUGAAAGAAAUCCAGUCACCAAACUCCUUUUUGAGUUUUCGUCAUCCUUCAAUCAGAAAUCGUUAAAAAGUAAUUAGUUUAUAACAACUUUUUCUCUUUCAGAUCGUUAUCUUUCUAACAGAAGCUUCUUCAACCAUACAGUCUUCUUUCUGUUAGAAUCUUUUCAAUCAUCAGCAUUUAUGAAGAAGCUCUUGCCGCUUUCAUUCGCGUCUUCAUCAAGAAUUUAACCCAACAAAAACCCUUAUACGAGGUUAGAUAUUAUUAUUAUUAUUCCAUCAUUCACUAUCUCUUUUUUUAUUAUCAUAGUGGAUACAUAUAUUUCUUUACAACAAGACAGAAACCAGACUAUCUUAACAAAGUGACAAUUAGGGUUUGAAGAAUACUAUAUUGAUUGAUUUGUGGGUGUGAGCAUUGGUUAGUGGUUAGAAAAAUGGAUAAAUGGAUGGUGGCAAUUGCUGCUGGUGCUGGCUCUAUAGCCCAGCAUUUUAAAAAGUUUAAGCAGCCUGGUGAGCAUAUAACGUCGGUCCACGGUUCGUUUAAUGACAAACCUGAGUCCCCGAAGCAGCCGAAUGACAAGAAAUGGCCCUUUCGUAGGUUAAAACAAGAUGGUUCUGAAGUUACGGUUGAGGUUUCUCGAGGCGUUUAUGGUGCAAAAGCGGCUGCUGCUAGCGAGUUUGAUGAGGGAAAGUAUGAGGGUAGUGAUGGAAUUUUAGUGGAUGUGGAGAGGGGUGAUUUAGUAAAUGAAGCUUCGACUCCGAGAAGUAGAAUGUCUUUUAGGAGUAGGAAAGUAAACAGGCGAACGGUUAGACCUUUAAGCUCGUUAGAAAGUUGUGUUAUGGCUCAUGUUGAGAUGAAAGAAUAUCCAUCUAGUUCAUUUGCCUCACCUUCUAUGAUGACUGUGAGGCCGUUUUUUGUGACUGAUGGCAGUAACGUAAUUAACAGAGUGAGUGUGGACGCUAACGUUGUGCAAAACGGUUAUGUUGUAAAGAAGCAGCAAUCGUGUUCAGAAGAAAAAAACAGGUCUUUAGAUGCAACACUACUUGUGUGUCUUGGGAUGUCUUUCGGCAUUUUAUAUUCGUUCAUUGAAAAUAAACGUGAGGUAGAAAAGCUGAAUCGGUUGUUGAAACAGAAAGAGAAUUUGGUUCAAGAUCUUGAAGAGGAGAUUGAGAUGAAAGAUUCAUUAAUCAUGAGGGAGCUUACACUUGAUGAUCAUAAAUCACGAGUAUUGGACGGUGGUUCUUUUGAUGGUGAAUCGCCUCGUUCUGUUUCACAUGAGCAUGAUAACAAAGAUCACGUUAUUAUACAGGAAAAACACAAUUCUUUCAGUAAAAUUGAGGCCGAGCUCGAAGCCGAACUUGAGAUGCUUGAACUCAGUAUGACUUCUUCCAACUUAGAAAGAAAGAUUUCCAAUCUUGCUGAGCUUGAUCCUGACUUUGAGGCAGGUGUGGCCGAGGGUGAAUUAAGGGGUGAGAGGCUCGAUGACGCCAAUGAAGAAGAUGAAAGGGGAAGCACCACCACAACUCAUUCUGCUUAUUAUGCGGUUUCUCCACGAGAAUUGAGCUUACGGUUACAUGAGGUCCUUCAAUCCCAACUUGAAGAACGAAUCAGAGAACUAGAAGCACAAAUCAAAGUCCAAAAUCACAAAUGUUGGAAUGAUUAUUCAAGCAGUAAUGCAGGAGACGAAAACCAUGAAGAUGAGCCUGUUGUUUUGAAUCUAUCCGGUGAAGCAUUAGAAGCUUAUAACGAGGCUUGCAAUGAGUUUGCGAAGUUUGAUGAAUCAGAUGAAGACUUCGAUUAUGAUGGUGAUAAUGGAACACCGCAAAAUGGUGGAGAUGAGCAGGAUUUUGAUGAUGAUGAUGAUGAAAUGGAGAAGCUAUUGAUAAAGCAUAUAGUGGAGAAAGCAAGACAAGGGUCUCCUGCAGUUUUGAAUGCACAGAAAGCUUUUUUUUCUGAGUAAAGCUUGGAAGUUGAAAAAAGGUCAUGGUUUUGUUUGUAAACAAUAUUAUAUAGAUUAAUGAUAGUUUUGGCAUAAGUAACAGCUAA